CCGCUGUCCUGUCUGGCCGCCCCGGUGUCUGCUCCGUCGCUCCGCACACCCUGCCCCGCUCCCACCCCGGACCCGAAAGCCUCUGCCUCCUCGUUCACCACCCCGGCUCUCCCACACCCGCCCCCCCUACCCGGUGAAUGCACCAGCGCCGAAAAGAUGACGGGCAUCGCCGCCGCUUCUUUCUUCUCUAAUUCCUGCAGGUUCGGGGGCUGCGGUCUCCAGUUUGAGUCUCUCGCCGAGCUCAUCGUCCACAUCGAGGACAAUCACAUCGACACAGAUCCGCGGGUCCUGGAGAAGCAGGAGCAACAGCAGCCCACUUACCUGGCCUUAAGCUACAUCAACAGGUUCAUGACGGAUGCGGCGCGCCGGGAGCAGGAGACCAUGAAGAAGAAGGCCACUCCCAAACUGUCCCUGUCCAUCACGGGUGGCGUGUCCAGGAACAGCACAGCCACGCCUCCUCGCCACACCAGUGGUAACCUGACGCCUCCAGUCACACCCCCCAUCACACCCUCCUCCUCCUUCCGCAGCAGCACACCUACAGGUACGACAGGCAGUGAGUAUGAUGAGGAGGAGGUAGACUACGAGGAGUCGGACAGUGAUGAGUCGUGGACCACAGAAAGCGCCAUCAGCUCUGAGUCCAUCCUCAGCUCCAUGUGUAUGAACGGGGGAGAGGAGAAGCCAUUCGCCUGCCCCGUCCCCGGCUGCAAGAAGAGAUACAAGAAUGUGAACGGUAUCAAAUACCACGCCAAGAACGGCCACCGCACGCAGAUCCGUGUGAGGAAACCCUUCAAGUGUCGCUGUGGCAAGAGCUACAAGACCUCGCAGGGCCUUAGACACCACACCAUCAAUUUCCACCCACCUGUCUCCACCGAGAUCCUGCGCAAGAUUCAAGGCUAGAGCUCGUGGUCGACAUCCAUCAACUGCCCCAAACAUAGCCCUGUCCUGACUUUCCUUACCUGACCCUUUGAUACACAUCCCACACACUAAAGGAUCAAGUGCAUGCUUUAAGUUGUUUUAUUUUAUUUUUUCUUCAUCUUUUUGUUUAUUUGUGUCACAUAUUUUUUUUUUUCUAUCCAUGUUAUAUCACUUGUAUUUUUGAAAAAAAAUGUAUCUUUGUAGUAUUUUUAUCGUUGUACAUUUGCACAUUUCGUAUAUGCUAUCACGUCAGUUUUUCUAUUGUUUGACUUACAUAAGGUGCUAACUGUAAAAAACAACAGAAAGAAAAGACAAAAAAACAAAUGAAAGAAAUGAGGGGAAAAUGCAAAAGAAGGAGAUGUGAAAACUGAAAGCGCAAAACAAGCCCUGACCCCCCCCCCCCCCCCCCCUUCUCUGCUCGUGUAUGAGCGGGAUGAAGUUGACUUUUUAGUGCUGAUCUAAGCCCAGUGGUUGUUACACUCCUUUACCGUUAGACGCAGAGAGUUGGCUGAGCCUGGAUCUGUGCCUUCACAGUAACUUCUGGGGGUUUAAGUGAGAGAGUUAAGUUAUACUUUAAAUAGAUAUAUUGAUAUAUAAACAAUAGACAGAUACUGUAUGUAUGUGUACAUAAAAAUAUAUAAAAGUAUUCAUGAGCAUAUACAUAAAUAGUUACAUUUUAUUUUCAAGCUUUAUUUUAUAUAUUUUUGUCAGUGUUUUAGAUAGUGUUUUUUUCUUCUAUGUAUCAGUAAGUGUUCCUUUCAUUCCUUAUUUGCUGAGACGGCCAGUUUAGUCACCUCAGAGGUCAGAUACAAGGUCAAACAGCUGGAUGACUUUAGGUCUGGAGAAUCCGUUUUUUUCUCUCGCCACAUCCUAGAGUUUAGGAGCUAAUACGCCUUUUUUUGGUUUGACACGCUCUGAGCGGUGUACGAUAUUUUACUGUUGAUCAGGAAGGGGGUAUAAGAGCAUGGCCCAGGCCCAACAAUCCAUAUCUUAAACAGUCCACUGAAACAUUUCAUCCCCUGCAGAAAGCCAUCCACGUAUUUCACAUCUCCAACGUUUCCAGAUAGGGUUUCUCAUUCCGAGUGCCAGAGCUGUAUUCCAGAGACUUAGCCGCGAAUGCAGGUUAAGCAUCAUGCUGUAUUCCAGUUGCCAAGAUCUUUGUUGUUGUUUUGUUUUUCCAUGAUCGUUGCCAACAGCUCUCCACUGCCAAACAUUGACCAUACCAUGUGCCUGAUGAG